AUGCCAAAGAGUGUUCCUACUGAGCAGGUUAAUCCCACCUGGCCCUGCUGGGCAUUCAGCAGCAGGCUUUUUUCGGGGAACCCUGCCGUGGUUGCUGUGAGGUGCAGAGUUAAGGAUGAAGCGGGAAUCCCGGGUAUACUUGUUGGAGUUUCUGUAGAUGGAAAGGAAGUCUGGUCAGAAGGUUUGGGUUAUGCUGAUGUAGAGAAUCGUGUGGUAUGUAAGCCGGAGACGAUCAUGCGAAUUGCUAGUAUUAGCAAGUGUCUUACCAUGAUGGCUGUGGCUAAGUUGUGGGAAGAGGGGAAACUGGAUUUAGAUGCUCCGGUGCAGAAAUACGUCCCUGAAUUUCCAGAAAAAGUCUACGAGGGUGAAAAGGUCGCUAUUACUACGAGACUGUUAGUUUCACACCUGAGUGGGAUUCGUCACUAUGAAAAAGAUAUUACAAAAGUAAAAGAAGAAAAGGAAAAGGCAAACAGAGCAUUUAAACAAACAAAGCCCUGUCAGGAUAAAGAACAAAAAGAAGAAGGCGGCAAAGGGAUUGAAAAGACUGAUUCUGUCAAACAGAGGAAAGAACACGAAGGUGAGGUAAAAAGCCGAAACUCAAAACCUGGCAGGAGAGACAAGGAAUUUGAGCAAGAGGAAUAUUAUUUGAAGGAAAAAUUUGGAAGUGUGAUUGAGUCACUGAAGAUAUUUAAAAAUGAUCCCUUAUUCUUUAAACCAGGUAGUCAGUUCUUGUAUUCAACGUAUGGCUUUACUCUCUUAAGUGCUGUUGUGGAAAGAGCUUCAGGACAAAAAUUUACAGAUUAUAUGCUAAAAAUGUUUCGUGAUUUGGAUAUGCUAUCGACUGUACUAGAUGACAACGAAGCAAUGAUAUAUAACAGAGCAAGGUGUUACGUUUACAACAAAAAGGGACGGCUGGUAAACGCACCGUAUGUGGACAACUCUUACAAGUGGGCUGGUGGUGGCUUUCUGUCAUCAGUAGGUGACCUUCUCAAAUUUGGAAAUGCCUUGUUAUACAGUUAUCAAGCCGGACAAUUUAAAAACACUCACAGCAAACUUCUUCCUGGGUACCUCAAACCAGACACAGUGGCGAUGAUGUGGACUCCAGUGCCAAAAACGGAAGUAUCGUGGGACAGGGAUGGUAAAUACGCAAUGGCUUGGGCUGUAGUAGAGAAAAAACAACAAUGUGGCUGUUGCAGACAGCAGAGACACUACGCAUCGCAUACCGGUGGUGCAGUGGGGGCAAGUAGUGUCCUCCUGAUUCUUCCUGAAGAGCUGGACUCGGACACUAUAGAUACUGGGCUGGUGGCACCACCUAGAGGAGUAAUUGUUAGCAUUAUCUGCAAUAUGCAAUCAGUUUCACUCAACAGCACUGCCUUAAAGAUUGCGAGGGAAUUUGAUAAAGAAAAAUGGGCACAAUAUAUAGAUUAAAGAAAAGAGAUACGCAUAACUUAACUCACUGUGCUGAAACAUGAAAAACAAAUGGAGAAGGGUGUAAUUGGACUUGGAGAUCGCUAGAAUACAUGAAGAAAAAGCAUCCAAAAUUCACUUAAUUAACUUCUGCUAGUGGUGCUAAACUUACAUGUAACUGGAAUUCAUCUCUCAGGGAAGUUCCUAACUUACAGAAAAGGAGAAUGUAACAGUCAAAUGUGAAUUCCUGUAGUACCUGUGUAAAUUACCAUUGUAUUAGCAGGUUUUUUUUCUCAUCCAGUCAAGCAUUUGACCAAGAUUAAAAAAACUAGCAUCGGUUUCUUGCACUGAAAAGUACAACAAUAAAUUACCUACCUUAAAUGUUAAACUUUAAAAAAAAUUCACAUCUUGAUUAGAGCACACACAGACAUUAUUCAUUAUUCUCACAGUUUCAGUCUGCCAAACUGUUCAGUAUUACUUUUUACAGAAUAAUAGUUUUACUGUUUUUUAUAUUUUCACAUAGCGCUUUUCUUACUUGCUUAAAAAGCAAAAAAAUGCAAUGAAACCCAAACCUUGAAGCUGCAUCCAGAAUGCUGACUUAUAGCAGAAGUACACUUUUGUCAGAGCUGUGGAUUGUUAAGAAUUAGAAAAGAAUGAAGCUAGAGUAAUGUAAGUAAAAAUCUAUUUUUUUGUCAUUUAGAUGUCCUCUCUCCCAUUUUUAUUGGACAUAGAGAAUGUGUGAAACUAGUUUACUGUGAAAUAAGGGUAUUAAUUCUACAGUCAGAUAUGCCUGAAUAGCACAACAUGGUAAGCUGUCAAACUGUCUCAUUGUUUUUGAAGGAUACACAUGCUCACUUUGGUAGCCAGAAAUGGCACUGUGUUCUGUAAUGCAGUUAUUCCUUUAGAUAUAGGAAUUAGGAACUCAAAUAACUCUACUUGAAGCCAGUAGUAGAAAUUUCACUGAAUUUCACUGAAUUUUUAGAGUUGGAAGGGACCAUAGAGAUCAUCUAGUCCAACUCCCCUGCUGAAGCAGGAUUGCCUGGAGCUAGAGCAUGUUACUCAGGACGGCAUCCAGGUGGGUCUUGAAAAUCUCCAAGGAAUGGGACUCCAUGACCUCCCUGGGCAGCCUGUUCCAGCGCUCUGUCACCCUAAAGACCCUUCAGGAAAGGUUUGAAUACUUACCUCCUUGCACUGCUUGGCAGCUCUGCCUCUGAAUUUAAGGAGCAAGAUGACAGGUGGCAGAAGUUGGCCUUACUUGCCUCUUUCCCAAAUUAGUGCUUCUAGUAUUAACUUCAUCAUUGUUACCUACCCCAUGAUGAAGCAUCGUGCUGUGGGGUCUGUUCCCAGCAGCCUGUGGUAACAUUUUAUUAACUAAGACUGACAGACCAGGAAAUUUAGUAUUUUGAGGUGUUGGUGUUAUACCUACAUUUUUAAUUGAAGGGAGUAGGACUGGUUUAGUACUUUUCAUGAUUAUAAUCAUUCUUGUGCCUUAGAACAGUACGAGCUUAGACCUAAACUAUUUGCUUGGGUUUUAUGGCCCACUCACCAAUCCUUCACUUUUUCAUUCACUAAUGAUGGAUUGUCUUUCUCUCAAGGGUAUCAAAUCAGUAGAGACAACAGAGAGAACCCUUCUGAACGAACUUUGCACUUGGUCAGGCAGUAAAUUAUCUACUCUUCCACUGAGGUCUUUAAUAGUGUUUGAGAGCUCCAAUACAGUUGUACCAGAGGUGAGCAGUUUCUACAAUAGCAACGUAUGUUUUUUUUCCCAGUCCUGAGCAGCCACCAGCUGGGUAGAUGUGCAGCAGCAGAGGUUAUUGCCCGUUUUACACAAGGAACAAGAGUAAGUAGCUCUGAGUUGUUUUUGUGUUGAAGAAUAUGUGAGUAAAAUAGACCAAAUAGACCAAAAAACAGUGUUUUAAAUAUAGAAAAUCUAAAAAGUAAUACUGUUAUUUUAAAACUUACACUUUUUUGCAAAUGGUAUUUAUUCUUGCAAACCAUUUUGCAUACUUGACAGAAAACAAGUAUUACUCACUGACCGUUGUGUUUGGAUUUAGAGAAAGAUUCAGGGUGUAGAAGGCAUAGGUUUACCAUUAUGCUUGCCUGCACAUGACCAAACACUAAUAAAUGUAAAUAUUUGAAGUGUGAAAGAAAAAAAAUAAUGGUAAGAAGUGUCUGAGGCAUUUCUAACACCAAGAUCUUAAUGACAGUGCCUAAUUUCCCUCAUAGACUAUGUUUAGCCACCAACUUUUUAUGAACAUACCAUGUUCUUUAUGCUGUAUCUCCUGUAACGUAAGGCUUUCAAAAAAACCCUCUGUUGUCACAUAUAUGGUGUUGGAGAUGCUAUGAUGUCUAAAUUUCAUCUUGCAGCACCUGGACAAUAUGGGUCACUGACUUUCUCUGAUUUGGUAUUUACUUAAUCAUAAGUCCUUACGUUUUAGGGUAGAGGAAGAGAAGGCAGAGAUACAGGAGACUAGGAAUCAAUCUGGCCUUAGCAUAUGUAUUCAGGUCACAAGUGAAUUAAUAUUGCUAUUUUGAUCUUUAUUCUGAAAGCAGUUUUUUGAUGGACCAGCAUUAAGUGUGGGAAACUAGUCAAUUAAGAGCAGCUUUCAUAAGCUUGCUCUUACAUUAACCUUUAUUGUGAAAGCACAGUUUGGCACUGACAUAAAGCUGUACUUUUCUUAAAAUGCAUGUAUACUAAAUUGGUGCAUCUAUUUCUGUAUCAACACCUGCUUUUUGCAUCUGAUAAUUAUAAGUGUUCACUGUUUCAAUUUACUGAAAUAAAACUUACCUUGCAAAUGCAACAAGUUGUAA